AUGGUCUCCCGACAAAUCCUGGGGGUGCUCGCGCUGGCCCUCCUUUGCCUUUUCCAAUCAUGCGGAGCACUGCCAUCUGGAUCCGGAGUUUCACUGCUUGCUUCGGGUCCCGAAACUAAACUGGAACCUCGUCAGUUUGGCUUAGGAAAAAUUGGCUCUUUUAUAGGCAACAUUGUUGGAAGAUCGAAAGGAUCUGGGGGAAGCGUUGGGGGUAGUCAUAAGAAGCCAGACAACCAUGAUGAUGACAAAAAGGACGAUAAGAAGGAUGAAGCGCCAAAGGAACAGAAGAAAGAAGAUAAGAAGGAAGAGGCACCAAAGGAAGAGAAGAAAGAAGAGACGCCAAAAGAACAGAAGAAGGAAGACAAGAAGGAAGAGGCGCCAAAAGAACCGAAGAAAGAAGAUAAGAAGGAAGAGGCACCAAAGGAAGAGAAGAAAGAAGAGACGCCAAAGGACAGCAAGAAGGAAGAACCGCCAAAGGAAGGCAAGGCAGAAGACAAGAAGGAUGAAGCGCCAAAGCAGCAGUCAGGACAGGGGCAACAGCCUAGACAGCAACCAGGAGACCCGACGCAGGGACAACCCCCGGUACAAGGACAGCAGCCAGGGCAGGGACAGCAGCCAGGGCAGGGACAGCAGCUAGGGCAGGGACAGCAGCUAGGGCAGGGACAACAGCCAGGGCAGGGACAACCCCCGGUACAAGGACAGCAGCCAGGGCAGGGACAGCAGACAGCACAAGAACUAGCACAGCAAGUGCCCCAGCAGCAGCAAUCACAACAGCAACAAACAUCGGCACAGCAAGGGCAAGGGACACCACAGCAAGUAUCCCAGCAGCAGCAACCAGCACCGCAACAACAGCCAGGGCAAGGGACAGCACAACAAGUAUCCCAGCAACAGCAACAACAGCCGCAAUCACCGACACAACAGACAUUCGGGCAGCAACAAGAUUCAACACUGCCAGCACAACAAGUCCAUGUCGAUAAUACCCCUACCAGACAAGAUAUCUAUGGCUCAGCCCUUCUGGGAGCUGGUAUUGGAGCUAUUCCUGCGAGUAUCAGUGCUGCGACACUUAAACAUGAGAAUGAACUUAAUAGGGAGCAAAAUGCUCAAGAAGGAGUUUUGAACAGACAACAGUCUCUCGAUCUGGCUGAGAAGCAAAUGCAAAGCAAUAGUGGUGGCGCCACUAACCCUUCUCCUUCUCCCAGCCCUUCUCCUUCUAGCAACCCUCCUCCUCCUGCCGACCCUGUUCCUCCUGCCAACCCUGUUCCUCCUGCCAACCCUGUUCCUCCUACUAAUCUUGUUUCUCCUACUAAUCCUGGAAGCACUGGCUACGGCGAAGCUGGCUAUGCUGGCUAUCCCGGAAAUACUGUCAAUUCUGGUGCUGCUGGCAAUUUUGGGAGCACUGGAUAUGGAGAUGCUGAUAUAGCAGGCACUAUUGGCACUACUGGUACUGCUGGCACCGUUGGCAAUGCCGGCUAUUCCGGAAAUACCGCCAAUGCUGGUGCUGCUGGCAAUGUUGGAAGCACUGGGUAUGGAAGCUCUAAUACAGCAGGCACUACUGGUUCCACUAGUUCCACUGGCACCGUUGGCAAUGUCGGCUAUUCCGGAAAUACUGUCAAUGCUGGUUAUCCUACCAGUACUAAUCAGAAGCGAGGAUUUCCACAAAUUAACAAGGGCGCUCCUCGAGAAAUCCAAGAAGCCUAUGAUUCUUGUAAUAAGGACUUCAAUGGUCCUUCCUAUCUGAUCUAUUUCUAUGAGACCGGCUCUGACUCUAUUCGAUUGGAUGACGUUCCUCCAACCUGCAUGGAGCUCGUAGAAAUCCUCUCUGGCCAACCUGAACUGGCUGCAAGCAGCCUAAAGCCAACUGUCAUUGGUUCUACAAGUAUUGAGUAUCGUGGACUCAGCGAGCAAGAAAUGGAGAACAUCAUGAACUCUCUACAUGACUCGGAGGCUCCAUAA